CUCUCGGCCGCGGACUCCCGCCCAGCCCUCGCAUUUGUGCCCUCGACUGUCCGGCGGGAAGCUUCCUUCGAAGCCAAACCUCAACUGGACCGUCUCACUUAUGACCUCAUAAUGGAUCGCUGCGCGCCGUCUUCCGACGCCAAUUACGAUUCAGCCGAUUUAGAAGUUUUAGAACAUUACGAAAUCAAUAGGGAACGUUUCAAAGAUGAACGUGACGGUAUCCAGAAAAAGACUUUCACAAAAUGGGUAAACAAGCAUUUGGCUAAGGCUGGAUGCAAAGUUGAUGAUCUCUUUGUUGACUUACGAGAUGGCUUUUCACUCGUCACACUACUCGAAGUGCUCACUGGGGAACGAUUGCCCCGUGAAAAUGGCUACACUCGCUUUCAUAGGAUACAGAAUGUGCAAUACUGUCUAGAUUUUUUGCGGAAGAAAAGUAUCAAACUAGUAAACAUCCGGCCAGAGGACAUCGUUGAAGGAAAUGGGAAACUAACGCUUGGCCUGAUAUGGACCAUCAUUCUCAACUUCCAAGUGUCCGUCAUAAAGAAGCGUCAAUUAGAGGAACAGCUGAACUCUGAAAACUACAGUAAUUCUACUCAGGUAGCAGAAGCACUCCACGCAAGCGACGCAUCGUCGGCGCGCGAUGCCCUUCUACAAUGGGCUCGAAAGGUAACGAGCGGCUAUCCGCGCGUGAAUGUGACCAAUUUUUCCUCGUCAUGGAAGGAUGGCCUUGCAUUUAAUGCUAUUCUUCAUCGGUAUCGACCAAAUCUCAUUGAUUGGAAUAAGGUCAGUGACUCGUCAGUAUCGAACCGUGAACGUCUCGAGAAUGCGUUCGCAGCGGCAGAGAGGGAAUUUGGAGUGGAUCGACUACUUGAUCCACAGGACGUUGACACCGAUCAUCCAGACGAAAAAUCUAUCAUCACUUAUGUGUCAUCUCUCUACAAUGCAUUACCGCCACUCCCCGAGCUGUCCAAGAGCAACUUGGCUGACCUGAUCAGCAGGUUGACACGAGGCAUUGGCAUUACCAAUGAAAAACUCGACCUGAUUCUCCAACGAAUUGAAGAGGUCGAGUCACGAGUGGAUUCAGCUCGCCCUGGAGAAAUUGAGAGAGCUGUGAAUGAAAUUGUGGACGAUCUAAAUGCUCUUGAAAUUCCCAUUGGAGGCUUCUUCGAAGAUGUAGAGGAACUGAAGGCAAAUAAUCAUCCGGAGGCCAACGACUUCUAUCGACAAGUAUACGGUCUCCAUCAACGUCGCACUGCGUACCUGGAUCGUCUUACUAAUCAAUUACUCGUUCGUUUGGGUGUACGCACUGAAACACUGAGAAAAGAAAAUGCCGCUCGACUUGAAUCUGUCCGUACGUCAACAUUCAGCAGAGUACAGGAAUGCAUUGAAUGGGUCCGCGUUCGACUGGAAAAGCUCUCUGAAAUGGAGUUCCUGGAAGACCUUGAAACAUUGGAAGAAAUGUUCGAGCAGCAUAAGCUAGACAACAGGGAUAUACAGGAUUUUCGCCAAAAUGUGGAUGAAUGCAUCGCACGUCAGGCUGAAGUCUCUGCGGAAGAUACGUAUGAGUACUGCGAACUUCUACGUGUGUUAGAAUCCGAGUACCAGCAACUGCGAGACUUAUCUGCUGGAAGAAUGCUUGACUUAGAUUCACUCAUAGCCUUUGUACGAGCUGCUCAGCUGGAAUUGGUAUGGGUGUCUGAAAGAGAGGAAAUCGAAGUGACCCGCAAUUGGUCCGACAUCAAACAACUGGACUUACCAAUGCUCACCAACUACUACAAACAGCUUCUUCAUGAAAUGGAACUUCGUGAGAAGCAGUACAAUGACGUUCACAACCAAGGAGCUGCGCUGCUCAAUCAAGGUCAUCCAGCGGUUCAUGUGAUCGAAGUCUACUUGAGAACGAUGCAAAACCAAUGGGAUUGGCUACUGGCCUUGAGCAAAUGCUUGGAAGAACAUCUGCGAGAUGCGCUUAAUUUGAAAUCGUUCACCGAAGAGGCUGCAGAUGCAGAGGCUUGGAUGGAAGAACAAGCUAUACGCUUGGAAAACAACUACAAUCGAACCGAUUUUGACUUAGAGGAGGGAGAAAGACUUUUACGUGAACUGGAUGAGAUGAAGGAGAUCUUAAACAAGUACCACUCCGUAUUGAUGGCCUUGACUGAACGAUGCGCAACUAUCUCUCCACUUUGGCAAAGAGGAGAGCGCAUCUCCCGUCCUAUCGCUGUAACAGCGUUGUGUGAUUACUCGGACAAAACCGUUCAUAUCAAAGCUGGUGAUGAGGUGACUCUGCUGGACAAUUCUGACUUGAUCAAAUGGCAAGUGCGCGAUCUUUCCGGCGCCGAAGGAACAGUACCAUCAGUUGUGUUCCGCAUCCCACCUCCGGAUCCUAAGUUGACAGCCUACUUGAAUCGGCUACUGCAGCAGUUCGAGAAACUGAAGAAGCUAUGGGAAAAGAAGCAUCGCAUGGUCCGCUUCAACAUGGUGCUGAAUACAAUGAAAACCAUCCAAGGUUGGGACCUGGAUACAUUCAAUGCUAUCGACCCUGAACAACGCGAUGCUAUUAUGCGUGCUCUGAACGACGAUGCUAACAAGUUACUGGCAGAAAUGGAUCCCAAUGAUCCGCUUGCCUUACGUUUGAAAGAGGAACUCAGACGCACUAACGAGCACUUCUGGAAUCUGCUAAAUGCGAGCCAGAAGCCUCCCGAGCCAGACCAUUCUUCAUUAUUCGACGAGAAAAUAGGUGAUCUCCUGAGAAAACUUGAGGACGCUUGGCGUAAACUCAAUGAUAAUGCUGGAAAACCGCUGUCAAGGAAUCCUGAUGAGCUAGAAAGAGUGAUAGUGGAUCACAAGAGCUUUGAAGACGCUCUGCAGGCUUUGGACGCAGAUGUCGCCAACAUUAAAGAGUUGUUCCGCCAACUUCCAAAUCCCACACCCACACAAAGGGUCAACAGUGAUAGGCUCAACAGUCUUUGGGAAGAUCUUUGGGACCUGUCACGCAUGUACGUCGAGAGGAUCAAGGUACUUGAAUCCGUGCUAAACGGCAUGCUGGAGGUGUCUGACAUCGUUCGAGCUCAUGAAAUCACUUUGAAUUCGUUUGAUGAUCUACCAGCAGCCCUUGACAAAUUACGUGGUCAUCAUUCUCAACUUCUUGAGAUGAACAUGGUGCUUCAGCAACAGCAAACCGUCGUGGACGCAUUGAACAAGAACGUCGCUUUGCUUAGACAGCACGUCGCCCGUACCCGUAUCGGACAAAGCAGCCAUCCCGACGUGGAUAGAGUUGAGGAUGAGGUGCAACAACUGAAUGUACGUUGGGAGAACGUAUGUGCUCAAGUAGCCGAGCGAUUGAAAGCAGCCGAGCGCGCCCUACAAACGCAGAUGGUGUACAGAAGCGAGUAUGAAAACGAAACGGCAUGGUUGGACCGCGUUGAAGCAACCAUCAACAAAUUACGUAGACCUGAAGAACUGCAGCCGGAACAGUACCAGCAGCAGCUUGAUCUUCUCGUCGCAGAAUACGCUCAACUUCAAGAGAGAACCGAAGCCAUCGAGAAUGUGAACAGAGAAGGUGGAAAAUUCAUUCGUGAAGCCAAAGGAUACGAUAGUCGCAUGGGUCAAUUCCAUGACACGAUUGUCGGCAUCCACGGACCAGCAAUCAAGCAGGAGUUCCGACGCACCAAACCUCAACCCAAGAAUGGAGCGCAGAUUGUCACUGAAGAACUCGAGGCUCUUAAUAGACGAUUCGCUCAAUUGAGCAGCUUGAUCCUUGAAAGGCGCAACACUAUGCAGGUGUUGAUCCAAAAUUGGAAACGACAGAAGCAGGAGGAGGAAGACAGGCGAAAAGCCGAUGAAGAAGCCAAACGUCGCGCCUUUGAGGCCGCGCGUUUGAAAGCUCUCGAAGAUGCAGACAGGCUGCGGAGGGAGCGGGAAGCCGCCGAGGCAGCGCGACGUGCGGCGGAGGAGGCCGACAGGGCCAGGCGCCUCGCUGAGGAAGCAGAGAGGGCAAGGAAGGCAGCCGAAGAGGCUGAAAGGCGGCGUCGUGAAGAGGAGGAGCGCAAGCGAAGAGAGGACCAGAAAAGACGAGAUGACGAGGACCGCCGUCGUCGGGAAGAGGAGGAAAGGCGAAAGCGGGAAGAGGCUGAGAGAGAAAGGAAACGGCGCGAGGAUGAGGAUAAAGAGCGACAGCGACGCGAGGAUGAAGAGCGCGAAAGGCGACGUCGAGAAGACGAAGACAGGCGACGUCGCGAAGACGAAGACAGGCGACGUCGUGAAGAUGAAGACAGACGGCGUCGCGAAGAAGAGGAAAGACGGCGUCGUGAAGAAGAAGAGAGGCGGCGCAAGGAACAAGAGAAGAAAAAGAUGCCUCCCCUGAACAUUGUGCAAGGUAACCAGAUGCAUGAGGUGGUCGGCCAAGAAAAUCCUGACGAGUGGGAGGUUAUGGGUGAUCUACCGGACGUGGCAAAAAUCACUGAACACGAGGACGAAAUGCAAAUGUAUCAGGAAGAAACAGUAACUAAGACGCAGUUCUACGAAAUGGAGGGCACUCUGCACAAGCAGACAGGAGAAAUCUUGACUUUCGUAGAAGCCGUCCGCCAGGGUCUCCUUGACCUCAGCGCAGGCGGAGGACAGUUCUUCGACAUUCACUCAGGCCGCAUCAGUCUCGAAAAGGCCGUUGAACUUGGUUACAUCGAUGGUGCUUUUAACGACGUUCUCAACACUCGUUACGGCAUCCGCCACCCUGAAACCCGUGAGGAGUUGACACUUCUUGAAGCCAUUCAGAUCGGUCUGUAUGAUCCCGAGACUAGACAUCUGUACGACAUCCAUACCGGCGAAAUGCUUGAACUCUACGAUUGGGUUUCCAGAGGCAUCCUCACCAUGGACACUCAGAGGAGAUUGGUGAAAAUGGGUAUCUUGAAGCUUCCACCUAUGGCACUGCAUAGCGCUAUUGACCAAGGUGUUCUGAACACCGUAUCUGGUCAUUUUGUUGGCAAGUAUUCGCAUGAGUCAAUGCCCAUCAAAGACGCUCUGUAUCACGGCUAUCUUCAACUAGUUUCUUCCCAGCAGUUCCCGAUGAUAGCUAUCACCCUCAGUGACGCCAUCAAAGAGGGUUUCAUCAACGCUAACAAUGGUGAAUUUGAUGAUAAGAACAGCAAGGACACUUUCACUCUCAGAGAGGCCUGUUCGAAACAACUAGGUCUGCUCAACCUGUAUGUGCCUGAGGUUGUGAACACGGCUGAAAAUACCAGGUUGGAUCUUAAAGACGCCAUGCUAAGAAAUGCUAUCAACACUCGCAACGGGAACUUUACUGACCUCCAGACCCGACGCACACUCUCGCUUCGUGAGGCCUACAAUGAGGGUUUAAUUUCAAAACCAGCGACAUUGACGGAGAUGUUGGAGAAGGAUCUUAUCGAUUCUACGAAUCACUUCAUCGAUCGAGGAACGAAGCAUAGGCAUACGCUCCUUGAAGCCAUUGCUGCUGGUGUCUUGGACGCUGAAGUUCGACACAUCGUUGAUCCUGACGAGAAGGAUGUUAUAUCGAUAGCGGAGGCGAUGGAAAGAGGAAUACUUGGUGCCGAUGGAAAGAUCAUUCUCGAAAAACAGCAAAAGGAGUUUACCAUUCCCGAAGCUGUCAGGGAAGGACUUCUUACAAAACGAGUGCGCCACAGUAUCUUCGACGUCAGAGGCAUACAAAAUACCCGCACUGGUCAAACCAUGAGUUUCAACGAGGCCUGUGAAGCAGGUGCCAUCAUUCCCAACGCUGAACGUGUCGUUGACCUCGCGACUCAGGAAAGCUACCUCAUAUCUGACAAGAAGGCGACCGCAAUUAUCGAUCAAACAUUGCACGAUCUUCUUGUAAAGCCAGUUGGCAUUAAAGGUGAUCGUGGUGAUUACGAUUUGAACCUCGUGCGAGCGGUUUCUAAGGGCAUCGUGGAUCCUACGAAGGCUGUGUUUUUCAACAAGAACACAAAACACGAGAUGUCUCCUCGUGAGGCAUAUGAUGCUGGCCUUGUGACUCUGCGUGGUGCUAUCCAAGUCGCCGCUCUUUUCGACGUUUCUCCUUCUCUCAUUGCACCGGUGAAGAAAGUUGAGCAGAAGAAGCGUGUAAGCCGUCCAGGACAGACAGGCUUUGAGCUCGCCACGGAUCAAGUCAAGGUGACCCUUGCGGAGGCAAUGAAGCAGGGUCUCAUCGACUCACGUAAUCAACGAUUCCGACAAGGAGACAUCGAUAUGAGCCUUGAUGAUGCUCUAAACCAAGGACUGGUCGACCCAUCUAGCGAAUGGAUCGUACCAUCGAAGAGCAACGGCGUUGGCCCCACAAUCGAGGAAAAGACUACUGAAUCUAUCACAGAAACUGGUCAGCAGUUGGCUCCCAAGUUCUAUCCUGACAAGAACAUCGAGGAAUCUGUGACCACUGUCAAACGUGUGCGUACAACAGAAACAACUGCUCUUGGUGGUCCUGGCGGUGUCUCUGUGUACAGGGCAAUUACCGGAGGCAAAGGAGCCAUGGAGGUGCCUCUCAAUGGUUACCAUAUCUACGAGGCAGAAAGAAAGGGCAUAAUUGAUCUCAGCACUGGCAACAUCACUUCACCCAAUGUGGAUCGCGCAAUAUCGUUUGCGGAUGGCAUUGAGCUCGGUGUGAUCAAUUCUACUUCCAUAUCUGUCAAGGAUCCCAAGACCGGCCGUACAGUAAACAUCAAAGAAGCACUUGAGAAGAAAAUUGUCGGAACCGACGGAUCAAUUUCCUAUCAGGGAAAAACGCUCAGCAUUGAGAAAGCAAUCGAGGCUGGAUACAUAAUCGUUGAUGCCGAAGGCGUUGUCCCCGCAGGAGGUUCUAAGAACAUCAUUCAUAUUCCAUCAGGAGGAGGCCCCGUAAUUAGCUUCCGUCCUGUGGGAGUGCCAAUUGUAGAGGAAUCUGAACAGUCUUGGUCAUUUGAUUCCACCAAAGGAGUACUUGUUGAUCACCUGUCGGGCGAACAUCUAACGCUCGAACAAGCACUCAACUCUGGCAAGAUAACACCUGAAGAUCUUGCUGUUAGAGACGCUCUUACAGGGCGCGAGAUGUCGUUUGCUGAAGCUGAGAAAUGGGGAAUCAUUGACAAAAAGGGAUACUAUCUUGAUAAAAUUGAGAAUAAACGUUUGUCGUUCACUGAGGCUGCGCAACAACAUCGAAUCUACCCCACGGGAGGAGUUCCGGAUAAUGCUGGUGAUGCGGUUCAUACGUCAGUCAAGGUACAGACAAGAAGCCAAGUUGCCAAGAAGGAAGCUACCUCGACCGGUGCACCGCAGACUGAGAAUACUCUCGGUAGAGCGCUGAGUUUGGGGUGGUAUGAUCCGAGAAGCGGCAUGUUCACUCAUCCAGACACGAAUCGUCAAAUGACCCUGAAGGAAGCAAUAAUCAAAGGCUUGUUCGAUCCUUAUGACACUUCUGUUGUGGAUAGGAAAAAUAACAAAACGCUAUCUCUCUUGGAAGCCAUACAGGAAGGUAUCGUUGACGACACUGCUGGUACAGUGCUGGACAACCAAACCGGAAAGAAAUACGACCUCAACUCCGCACUCCAGAGUGGUCUUUUGAAAGGAAAGAGCUUUGGCGAUUCUCUUGAAUCGGGUUUGUUCUCUGGACGUCUUGAUCUAGCCACAGGCAAUUACACACAACCAGGUGGAUCUCCUCUACCAUUGCAUGAGGCUCUCAAGAAAAAUCUCGUAGAUCACAGCUCUGUUGUUGUACGUGAUCCUGCAAGCGGAACUGAGUACUCCUACAAAGAGGCAGUUUCUCGCCACAUCGUGGACCCAGAGCGGGGACUCAUUCAUAAUCAGCAAACUAACGAAGCAACUAGCUUCCCGCAAGCGCUCACCACUGGUCUGAUCGCAGGCGCCGGAUCCACCUCUCGACCCUCGCAUUCGGCUCACAAAAUCGUCGAACAGAAGCUACAACUGACGCCGUUCGCUCCUAAACAGGUGGUGCCCUCAGCAAGCAGGAAUGGAAGUGACAGACAUGAGUAUGUUGAUCUUGGUGGUGGCAAGCAAGUUAUGGUUAAAGUGGUUAGAGGAGAAGGCGGGGUUGAGAAGGGCGAAUACGUUGAUCCCUCGACUGGUAUGAAGUUUACCAUCCAGAUGCACGGCGAUCCUUUCGUCACUGAGACCAAAACGACGGUGAAAAGCACUUCCCAGGUCCAAUCAGUGGAACUGGAGCCACACGCUGAAUUCGUUGGAAUCGAUAAAAUCAGGGAUAAAAGGAAUAACCGUACAAUGUCACUGGAGGAUGCUAAGAGAAUGGGCCUUGCACGAGUGGACAAGAAAGGCAAGCAGAUGACGAAGACCUAUUCUGUGUUCCGAUCGAAUAUCCAGAAUGCUCUGAACAGUGGAGUUCUCGAUGCUCACAUGGAGAAGAUUAGCCUCGAAGAUGCAAUCCGCGCAGGCAUUAUUGAUAUUUGGGAGUUGAGCUACAGGAAUCCCAAAACGGGCGAGUCUAUUCCACUUACGCAAGCUGCUAAUAUGGGACUUGUUGACGUGACACUUGCCGAAACUCUUCCUAAAGGUGUUUGCAAUCCGGCCAACAAUGAGCGGAUACCAAUCAGGAGAGCCAUCGAGAUGGGCAUUAUUGAUCCUCGUACCGGUGAAGUUCGUGAUCCGCACACUCGAAAGCGUUUAACGUGGCUCGAUAUCAUCAAGUCAGUUUAUCAGGCUAUUACCAGUGAUGGUGUGUUCGACCCCACCAAGGGCCAGCGUGUUCCGGUCACCAACGCACUCAAUGAAGGACUGAUUGAUACGAAGACAGGAAAAUAUCAUAACCCUAUUACAUCAGAAGAUAUCGAAUUGAAAGAUGCAGUCGAUCGCGGUCUAAUUGAUAGCGGCACCUACGAUGCAAUCACGAAGCCAUUCUUGCAGGAUUACAGGACGAACCGUCAAGUGAAUCUUAUCGAUGCCGUUGAGGCAAAGCUGAUCGAUCCCAAAAAUAAAACCAUUCAGCUGUCUCGACAGAGUAUUGUUCCAAUCGCGAAAGCUGUGGAGGAUGGACGGAUACCUAGAGAAAUCGGCGAGAAACUCCGUCAAAUUGACAAAUUGAAUUUCGCCGAAGCACUAGGAAAGGGACUCAUUGAUGUCAGCUCGAACAUAUUCACGGAUCCAGACACUGGAAAACAAAUCACCAUAGCUCAGGCUAUUGAACAAGGAUAUAUUGACACAGGCAAUGUUGAAGCCAUGGAAGGUUCCGACGAGAAGAACUUGUGCAAUAUCCUCACCUCUGAGGAGUUCGAUGAGAACUCUGGCAGGAUCCGUGACAAAAAGACCGGUUUGCACCUUACUUUCAAAGAUGCCGUCGAACGCGAUGUAAUCGAUGGUGACUCAUUGCUUCACGACCUCGAAAGUGGACAAACGCUCACACUUAGGGAAGCUCUCUCUCGUAAGAAAAUUGACAACGAUGGAAAGUAUAUCGCUGGAAACCUCAGGAUGACAUUGAGAGACGCAGUCAAAGGAGGCCUUAUUGCGCUCAUCGCAUCGCCUAUGCAAGCUGCCCAAGCAGUUGCUGAAGCGGUGAAACGACGGGAUGCCGAAGGAUACAAGUUCAAGAUCGAGAAUGUGGACGGAGCACAGAGGGGAAGCAGGACAAGUGUACCCAAGUUUAGAGAAGAGAGCACUACCAUACGAUUAACACCUCAAAAACAAGAACCAUCACUCACUGUCAAGAUGAGACACUCGCAGACCAACAUAGGAGAUCGCGUCCACAGCAUCAUCGAUGACCCAUCCACUCUUGCUGAUUUGCAGCACGAGUUCCUCGCGAACUUGGAAGCGAAUCGUUUCGACACUGAUGAGAAAGUCAUUACGAAUCCAUCCGGAGGUCAACGGCUCUCGGUGCGCGAAGCAGCUGAAACCGGCCUACUUGAUGUCCUCACCGGUGAAAUAGUUGUUCCAGACACUGGCCGUCGUUAUUCUAUCCCUAAGGCCGUUCACUUGAACUAUGUACAAGGCGACGCUGCGAAGCGAUUGAUGGAAUCAUUGAACAUGUCUAUCGAGGAGGUGAAUCUGGCUCAGCAGCAGUCUGGUCUUUCACCAAGUGGUGGUGGCGGAGACGGAAGUUCCUCCACCAGGACAUGGACGAAGACGGAAGAAAUCGCACGUGAAGCGGUUUCUCGUCAGAAUGAGCUAACCGAUAUCAUUGCGGAACUGAAUAAAUUCAAAGAGAAUAUUUUUGCGCAACAUCUUAGCUUUGAUCUCCGCCCAGAGACUGCUAACUCUGCUCAGGCCGAUGUACAGAACCUCAAAGAGUCACUGGAUGCAUGGAGAGAUAAGAUCAAUCAGCGAUUGAAAGCAGUGGACACGCUUUGUUACGAAUCUGCCGAUUCCUUGUCACCGGAACAAUAUGCUCUGCUACGAGAGAAAAAGAAUCAGCUUGCUGCCGACUACGAGUCUGUGGUUCGCACUGUGGAGGAUAUUCAUGGAAGAUUAAACGUUCUCGCUAGUCUUCUUAUCGAGUUUUCGUCGAAAACAUCGUCUCUGCAAUCGUGGAUGACUCAUCAGACACGGAGAGCAGGCUCCAUACGGGAGCGAUCAGCUGAUCCGCAGUAUCUUGCCGAGGCUCGUCGCGAGGCGAAAACUUUGUUGGAGGAAGUUGCUCGAGAAGAAAGCAGUCUCAAAGCUAUUGGAGCUUUACUUUCUAAAAUAGAGCAAGAGGUUGACUCACUUUAUGAAUCAGUUCCCGAAACAGAUACCCGUGGGAUACACUCUACAGAAAUCAGGAAUAGUUUCUAUCGCGUUGAGGAUGACUUCUCGGCACUUCAGAAACAGUGUGCUGAUCUCUUGCAGUUCCAGAAUCGUCUUGCUUCCCUAGGAGGUGAACUCAGUGAGCAUUUGAGGAAAGUAGAUGACUGGUUCUUCAACAUUGAAGGAGAGCUCAAAAAAGUUGAUCAGGCUCCUAACUUAGCUGUCGAGCAAAAACUUGCCGCUUUAGACGAUCUCAAUCAGCAGGUUGCUGAUGGACACAAAUAUCUCGAUCAAGUUGAUCAAGCUUCCCGACGUCUUCUAAGUGCUUUAGACGGACUGAAUGCUCAUCCUGAUGUAGCCAGUCGUCAUGAAGUAGAGGCAGGCGAAAGGAAGCGAAGACAUGAAAAUCUAUUGGAUCGCAUCCAGGAAGCGCUGAAUCACGCAACUGCUCAGAAGGCCGCCAGUGAAGGCGUCCGUGAUGCUGUGCUUGCGCUGUUCCCGUGGCUGGAUGAGUUUGAAAGACGAGCUGGAACGUCCAGAGAUAUACCUCUGGUGGAGGAUGGGCUUAACGAACUGAAGCGAGAGGUGCAGCUUCUACAAAUGGAUCUCGGUAGUCGCAUCGCACUUACCAAAGAUCUUGAAGAAGAUCUAAGCAAAUUGUCUGCUUCCAAUCCUCCAGAAUGGAAAGAUGCAGUCGAGGACAAGCUCAAGGAAGCAGUUCAGCGUCUGCAGAGGAACAGCAGCAAUCUCAGGGGCUUUCGGGACAAUGUGAACGAUGCGCUUGAAGGAGUUUUGAAGCUUGAAUCGAACGGAACUUCGAUAAAUCGCUCUUGCGAUUCACUUUCGUCGAAUCUGAAAGCGACGAAUGCUCGCGAUUUGCCUCGAUUGCAGGAAGUUGCUGCAGAGCUAAAUGAAUUGAAAUCACAGCUAUUGGAUAUGCAAAGAACUGCUGAAAACGUUAAACAAAUACCGAAUGUAACGGGAACAGAAGCAGUCGACAUUUACGUUGAUGGAAUAAGGAAUAAAGUUAUCAGUCUGGAUGAGGAACUCCAAGCCAAACAUUCGCAGCAGGCUCAAGUGGGACAACUGGAAAAUGAGUUUGAGAAUGUCAAGCAGAGGUUGAAUGAUUGGUUAGACGAAUUUGACAAGCAAAUCGAUGCCCUCGAACCUAUCUCCAUCCAUCGCGAAAAGCUUCAAGCACAAAAGGAGCAAAUGCAGUAUUUGAUACAAAGGCAUAAAGAAGGGCUAGCGCUAGUAGAAGAACUUGAUUCCGCUGCGACGCGCCUUAGCGCCGCAGAAGAGAGCAGUUAUGCGGGAAAUAGGAUGAGUGCUAUCCCUAGAAUUGCCAUGGAUCUUUUGACGAGGUAUAAUGCUCAAGCAGAUGCGUUAAAAAGGCGUGCAGAAAAAUUGGAUGCGGCUGGACAUAAGGCAGCUGAAUUACAUGCUGCAGAGGAGGAACUGAGUUCUUGGAUUAAAGCUCAGAACAAGAAUGUGUCUGAAUGCGGUGUGCCUACCACAAUGGAUGCUGUUCAGUCCCUUCAAACCACCUUAGACCGACUAACCAAGAGCAAGAAAGCAGAGCAACGACGACUCGACGACAUUCGUCUCCGGGCACGAGAAUUAGCUGGUGACGCCUCUCUACCUGGUGAAGCUCAACAAGUGCUCGAUCGCAGCAAAGCUCUUUCUGAUGAGUGGGAUCAGCUUAGCGACAACAUUGAUGCGAUGCGUGAUAGAGCUAGUCAAGCCGAAAAAUGGGUAGACGGCUAUACGGGCAUCGAAAAAUGGUUGAGUGCUAAGCGUCGUAUGCUAGCUGCAGUAGGAGUGGCAUCUACAGAUUCGGCAGUCGCAAGCAGUCAAUUAGGACAGAUCCAGAUGAUCAGAGCUGAAUUGGAAAGCGAACGAGCAACCUGGGCGAAACUCAACGAUGUCGCACAAAGGCUAUCUUCCGACUCGUCUGAUAGUGCUGUGUCAUUUGCGAUGAUCGAUCUCAACUCCCGAUGGGAUGAUUUGGAAAAGGAACUGUCUGACAGAGAACAAAAUAUUUUGCAGGCGUCGAGUCUAGGAGCAGAAAUCAAGGCCCUUCAGAAGGAAAUCACGAAUGAUCUCAGCGAUUUGGAAUCAGAAAUCGACAGAUAUAGUGGUAUGAUGCCUUCUGAGGUGGAAAGAAAACUGCAUGAACUGUCUGCCAUAAAGUCGCAGCUAGAGGGAUUGCAUUGCCAGAUGGAACACAUGAAUGAUGUCAUAAACUUUUCCAAAAUAGAAUUUGAUCCUGUAAAUAAGGGCGAUCUAGACGAUCAGAUGCAUGCAUUGAGAAAAAGGAUGGAAGAAAUGAAUAAAAGACUUGAUAAUCUCAAAAGCUUGGCACUGUCUUCGAGGAGCGAAGGAGAUGAAAUAGAAAAGAAGCUGGAGGGAUUGCUGGAUCUCGUCCUGAAUGCAAAAUCCGAGAUUGAUCAGGCUGCACCGAUAUCUGCUGAGCCAUAUCGUCUUCAUGGACAGGCGGAAUCGAACAAUGCUCUUUUGGCUAAGAUCGCAGACGUAGAAGGCGAUUUUCCAUAUAUUCGAGCAGUAGUUACUGAACGUUUGAAAAAAGCUCCUGAUGCGGACCUGCAGUCGAAGCUUCAACAACUUUCAUCAACUUGGAAUCCAACUGUUGCUGCUGUUAAGGAGAGAAGCGCUACUAUAGCAAAGGUGCUUGAUCUGAUCCAGCAAUUUGGCGAGCUUGAGAAUUCUAUUCGUGACAGUUUGAAGGAGGAUGAGGACAAGUUCGCCUCUGCCAUAGCAGAAGAUGACAAUGCAGAGAUUCACAGCAAGUUGAAGUUGAUGGAGGAUUCCACUAACAGAAGAAUCGCCGAUGCCGUCACUCUUUCAGCUCUGGCCUCUCGCAUAAUCGCUUCCGCUCCUGGUCCCGAUGCAAACAAAUUUGUGCGUAGUGCAGAGAACUUUACGAAUGACUGUAAUAAUCUUUCCAAAAAAAUCAACACCGCUAUCGAAGCUUCACAGCGUAAGCUGGAUCUUGGCGAAAAGUUCCAUCGUCUUGUCGAUGAAGCGCGUCAGGUAGCCAAAGAAGCAAGACGCGCUCUUGAUUCAGGAAGGGGCGAACUCAGUGGCCCCGAGAAAGUAGCUGCGCUAUUGGCCGAAAUCAACAGCUUUUGGAGUCGCUCCCAACGCGAUUUGAUUACCUGGAACGACGAAUUGAAGAAGAGCAUCAGUCCGCAAAAAGCUGCAGAAAACGAUGGAGCCUUGGAAGAACUCACUGAGGAAUUUGCUGCACUUAGUAGCCAGCUGCAGGAACUUUUGGCUACAUUGGGCGCAAAGAAGGAGGACAUGGAAAGGUUGUGCGAAAGGAGCAGCCAAAUCAAAAAUGACACCAAUGCUUUGUUCAUGGAAGUAAGCGAUAUGGACCCGAUAGCACGAAGCACCGGUGAACUUGAUGCUCAACGGAAACAGGUGUUCGCAUUAGAGGGACAGCUCGAUACCAUGGAAGCGGAUAUGGAGAAAGUUAUGAGCGCUUGGGAUGAUGCUUUAUCAAAUGGCAGCGUUAACCAAACGCAAUGGGCUGCUAAUCGCGCUACAGCUAGCGAUGCUGCAAAGCUCAUCACAAAGGCUAAGAAGAAAUUGACAGAAAGAGCAAAGAAGAUCGACCAGACUGCCGUAGAAUUGGAAGGUGUUCAGAAGAAUGCUGCUGAAAUUAUGCGAGAACUUGAUGCCGCUUGUGAGUCAGAGCUUCUGUCAUCCGCACUCAAGGUUGGUGAACCUGGAACGCAAGCAGAGAAUUUGAAAGCGCUGAAGGAAUCUCUGAAGAAUACUGGGAAACGAGUGGACGACUUCGUUUCUGAUUGCAAGUUACUCAUCCGCACAGCUGGGACUGAAACUGAUACUACAGACUUGGAUAAAACCUUGCAAAACGUUUGUGACAAAUGGUCGGAAGUCUCUACUUCUCUCGCUUCGAAAGAAAGAGAGGUGGAUGCGGCUGUGCAACAGCUUGGACGCUAUGAGGAUGCCUACAAAGGACUUCUGAAUUGGCUGGAAGAAACAGAAGAGAUGAUGGAGAAUCAGAAACCUCCCGCCGCUGAUGCUAAGGUAGCCAAGGCCCAGAUGCAUGCCUAUGAUGUUCUCAUGAAGCAUAUUGAAGACAAGGACUUGAGUGUGAAAGGCUUCUCCACUUUGAUUGCAAAAUUGAUCUCUAUGACCACUGUUGAAGAAGAAGUGAAGUCGUUAAAACAACGUGAUGAGGAAAUACAAAAGAGGUAUAAUGAUCUCGUUGACGCCGCACACGAUCGUCAACAUCGUCUCAUGGAAGCAGUUGACUUGGCAGAACGCCUUUCAGAGGGAAUUGUGCCCCUAGAAGCAUGGCUACACCAGGCGGAGAAACGUCUGAAUGCACUGGGGAAAAUUCCGGCAAAUGUGGAAAAGAUGGAAGAGCAGUUGCGAGAACAGCGCGAUCUCGAUUUAGAAGUCUAUCAGAAAGGCGAAGAAGUCGAUAGAGUUCUUGCUAUCGUACCCAUGCUUUGCGCUGUGGUUAGUGUCGAAGACGCGAACAGCCUUGAAGCACAAGCGAACCAAAUCGCUAGCCGAUACGAGAAUCUUGCGCAUCGUGUGAGACUCACCAAGGAUCUUCUGAAUGAAAUGGCUCUCACCGUCAAUGAUUUGUUCGCGGAUGUCGAUGGGCUGGAAUCAUGGCUUACUGAAAUGGAACAAAGAAUGGAGACAAUCAGCGAAAUAGCAAUUGCACCUGAUGAUUUGAAUGAGCAGAGCAACAUAGUGGGGGAUCUCGUCACUGCUGUUACUGAACGAGAUGAGCAAAUCUCAGCGGUCCUCGGAGUUGGUCGACAGUUAUGCAUGCAGGCUUCCGGUGAUGAAGCUAUAGCAUUGCAGUAUCGUGUAGAGCAAGUAAAGAAAAGAUAUGCUGACAUAAUGCAAGUAGCUGACGAGAAGCUAGCAUUACUAGCAAAGGCAAUUCCGCUUUCUGAACGUUUCCAUGAAGGUUUUGAAGCAGUUAUGGAAUGGGUAGAAGCGAUGGAAGAGGACUUGGUCCAAAUUGAUAGCACCGAUUUGGAAACACAAACACAGCUGGUAUUCACGAUGGAAGAAGGAGUUAGCCAUUGGCGUCCUGAAGUGGAUGAUUUGGUAGCGGUAUCAUCGCAACUGCAAGCGUUGAGCAGUCCUGAUCAGGCCGAGGAAUUAUUCCAGAGUACUACUGAAAUGAAUCGCCGAGUCAACCAAAUAGCUGAGAAGGUGGCCCGUCGCGCUGAACGUCUGGACGUGGCAGAUCGUCAAAGCCGAGCGGUAUUUGAUGAGCUGAACUUCCUUCUGGAAUGGUUCGCUGACGCUCGUGAUCGUGUCGCUGCAGCUGGUCCACCUUCCAUUGAUCCUGAAUUUGCUCGGACUCAAUUACGGAAUCAACUGGUUAUGAAUGACGAUGUCACUCUCAACAAGACUCGUCUUCGUGAGGUUACGGUAGACAUCAAAAAAAUUUGUCGUGAGUUAAGCGGAGAUGGAGGAGAGGCGGUUACAGCAUUGAUAGAACAGUGUGAUCAAGCCAAAGAUUUGGUGGAUGAGGUCACCAAGCUCUGCAUGGAUCGCACGGAAGUGCUCGAAAGAGCUCUGGCACUGUCUCAACACUUGGCAAUCGAAUUUGAUCGCCUUAGUACAUGGCUCGAUCAAGUUGACGACGAGUUGCGAUCAGCUCCUGAACUUACAACGGUCACUCCGUUGCCUCAGCUAAGACAGCAACGAGAACACAAUGCUGAACUUGCCGCGGGAAUCUUGGCAUAUGUGCCGAUUGUGGAACAAUUCCGAAGCGACGUCAGCGCUUUACAAGAGAUUUGCGUGCACGAAGAUGGCGUAAAACUAGGGGAAUUAGCUGAUGAGAUCGUCGCAAAAUAUAAGGAAAUGCGUGCUGCUAUAGAGGCUCGUGGUCAAGCACUCGACAGUAUUGUUGAUGCGACUAGUGGCAUUGGUGAACGUCUGGACAACUUUGCGGAGACUCUCCGUGGAGCUUCCGACCGAUUACGCCAAAAUUACUCGAUCUCCUCUGACCCCACACUGUUGAAAACUCAAAUUGCUGAGAAUCAUGCGAUCAAAGAAGGCCUUCGCGCAAAGCAAUCGGCAUAUACUGCUCUUAAAGAAAGCGCUGCUGAGUUAUUAGCAUCACUUCCACCAGACGAUCCUGCUAGAGAUGAAAUCAUUGGGAAACUCAAGCGGCUAUCAGAAUUAUGGGGCAGCAUAGAGCAAGAAGCAGAAGAUAGGGGCGACUUCCUAGAGUCGAUCUUGGAAAAGGCCAGACAUUUCUGGCAUGAGCUGGAUGAAUGCCAAAAAGCGAUUGAUGAUAUCCGCAUACGUUUGGAAUCGGUUGAACCCGCUGCCGGUCAGCCGGAGCAGCUACAGCUGCAACAGGCUGAAAUGAAGAGUGUGGCGAGUAAUAUGGCAAGCACCGAAAGCAAACUGAUCGAGCUUCGUGAGGCGAGUGCGGCAUUGUCGGGUAUCAUACCAUCUGAGGAACAAACAGUGAUAACUGCUCAAGUGGAUGCUGUGCAAGAUGGAUGGGCCACAAUCACCAAACUCUUUGCCGACAAAAAUCGGGAUCUCGUUGCUGCCAUGGAAGACGCCAUGGUAUUCCACACGGACAUGGCAAGUCUUCUUGCCUGGCUUGAUCAUGCUGAAGCUCGACUCGGAAAAUUGCCACCUGUUGAGGAGCUAAAAAUCGAUGAGAUACCACGUCUUCUUGAGGAGCUGCAAAUGUUCAAGGAUGAGAUGGAUAAGCAAGCUGUGCUGAAGGAACAACUUACAUAUACAGCGAGUCAAAUCGCUAGUGGUGCACCGGCUCAUCAAUCGGCUGCUAUCCGGCAACCGGUUAACAGACUCAAUCUGCGAUGGUCACAGCUAUAUGCUGCGCUUUGUGACAGAGAAAACAGGGUGGAGCGUAUGUUGUUGCAAAUGGGACGAUUGUCGGAAGCUGCUGAUCAGCUGAUCGUCUGGAUGAGAAAGACUCGAGGAACUCUGGAUGAGCUUUCUGUGGCUGCGCCAACUCUUCGUCAGUUGGAAAUCCAGAGAUGCCAACUUAUUGUUGUGUCAAAUGAUGUACAAGCUCAUGAGGCCAGCGUUGCGACGCUGAAUGCCGCUGCUCAGCGCCUACUGCGUGAUGAGCACAACGCCGACGCUUUGGAGAAGAUGAGCCUGAUGAAUAGGGAAUGGAAGGAACUCAACCUUUUGCUGCAAUCGUUAAUGGUGCAAAUGGAGCGAGCAAAAACAGAAGCAGAAAAAAUGGGACGAGAAGCAGAGCAAUGGAUGGUGUGGCUAGAAGAUAUGGAGUCUCAGUUGGCGACCACAAAACCUACAGGAGGGCUACCGGAGACUGCAGAGACCCAACUCGAUGAUUUCAAGGUGCUUCGCUCAGAGAUAGCUCAAAACAAAGCUGCGCUUGAAGCAUACAUCGAAGACGCCAACAAUAACCUUGCCGACCACGAAAACAACGGUCAAACUUGGAUAGGAAGGAAUCAUGCUAUGAUCCGAAACAAAUGGGCCAAAGUAAAAGAGCUCUGCGCUGAUCGCGAGAAGAAGUUACAACUAGCGCUGGAGGAAGCCGUAGCUCUGGACGCAUCUAUGCGCAGCACUGCCGAAUGGUUGACCGAAGCAGAGCAGCGCCUGGCGGCAAUGGAUCCGGUCAGCCGUUUGAUAGACGUAUUGCAAGCGCAAGUUGCGGAAAAUGAUAACUGGGUUGACGAAGUUGUUGUAAGAAAACAGCUGAUGGCGGAACAACAAGCUGCUGGUACACGCCUACAGUACUACUGUGAGAAGAAGGAUGCCAUUCCCAUAAAGAACGGUCUCGUUUCUUUGAAGCAUCGCUUUGAGAAAGUAUCCAGUAGAACUGCUGAGCGCACUAAGCAAUUAAAUACAGCAUUGGAUGAAGCUCGGACCUGGGAAAAAGGUACCGCCAGUAUCCUCGGAUUUUUGGAUGAAGUGGAAGAAAGAUUACCGGGUCCUCAGCCGAUCACAAGUAAUGUUGACAAACUGAAGAACUCGCUGGAGAAAAUCAAGGCUGUGCAAGCAGAUUUAUCCAGCCGACAAGCCGAUUUCGAUACUACUUACAAGCGUGGAAAAAGUCUGAUAGACCGAGCUCCGCGUUCUGAAGUGAAGAAAAUACAGGAAAUAAACGAAAACCUUAGAAAGCGCUGGAAUGCUAUGCUCGAAACAACUAGCCAGAGACGUCAAGCCGCUGAGCAGGUCCUUCUCGACAGCAGCGCCUUUGAUGAAGCCAUCUUGGAGCUGGAAGCAUGGGUGGAUGUUGAACUAGCGAAGAAUGCAGCUAGUGAUAAACGAGUUCUUGGCGAUGUGGACACUGUGAAAUCCCUUAUGGAUGAGCACAAGAAGCGAGAAAAUGAGAGGAGUGCCAAAAAGAGGGCAUGGGAUACCAUUAUGAACAAGGCGGCAAAGCUAUCAGGCAAUGAUAACGAUGAAAAUAGCCCCAUCAAAAGUAUAUGCGACAGAGUGAGUGAGAAAUGGAAACGUUUGGAAGAAGAGGCCCAUGCUCGAUCUGAAGCCCUCGAUGAUGCAACAAAACGAGCCACUGAUUUUGAUAAGAAGGUUCACAGUCUUCUCGAUUGGCUUGUGGAGACGGAAGGGAAACUCAACACAACUGGCGGCGACAUUGCACUAGCAUUGUCUCGCGUAGAGGACGUAAAGACUGAGCUUCAUAACAAUCGCGACAAGAGAGACUCGUGUCUUGAUGCUGGUCGUGAAAUUCAGUCGAAAUGCAAUGCUAGAGCUGAGCAGCCAAUGAAACACUGGCUACGUGUUGUAGAGAACAGAUGGAAGGAAGUCGAGGAGAAAACUUCUGAACGCGAAUUCAGUCUUCUUGAGCAGCAACAUCAGGAUAAAGAACGAGAGGAAGCUCUUUUUGAGCUGCUCGAAUUUGUGGCACAAAAGAGGGAGGAACUGAACAAGAUGCUUGGCAAGCCACUUCCUCAGGAUCUGGACGCGAUGGGCACAGCUCAAACGGAGCAGGAGAAGUUCGAUAACGAAUUGCGUGAAAAACAGCCACAAGUUGAUGCUGCCAUCAAGCAUAAUAAAAAGGGCAAAAGAAAUGCUGCUGCGACCAAACUUUCUGAUGAAUGGAAACAACUGUGGUUGGAUUCCAUCGGCCACCAUACUGCUUUGGAAAAUCAGCGCCAGCUGCUUGAGGAGAUGCGACGAUUAGAAGGAUGGCGAUGGGAGAAUUGGAAAGAGCAGUACGUUGAAUGGAAUGACAAUAGGAAGGCUCGUGUAUCAGAUCUCUUCCGAAGGAUUGAUCGAAGUCAUACCGGCAGUGUACCAAGAGACGUCUUUAUAGAUGGCAUACUAGCCAGCAAAUUCCCAACAUCUCGUUUGGAGAUGAACAAAGUCGCUGAUCUCUUUGAUAAGGGUGAUGGAUUGAUCAAUUCGAAGGAAUUCAUUGAUGCUCUUCGAUUCGAUAGAUCGAGAGAGCUCAAGCCACCAAAUGAACACGAAAAAGUGAAUGAGGAGAUAACCAAGCAGAAGAACGCUUGCAGCUGCUGCCAACAAUUCAAAAUUGAGAAAGUCGCUGAAGGACAUUAUCGUUUCGGGGAUACCCAAAUCAAACGUAUGGUACGAAUUUUACGGUCAACUGUUAUGGUUCGUGUCGGUGGUGGCUGGGAGGCUUUGGACGAGUUCCUUUCAAAACAUGAUCCUUGCAGAGCAAAGGGCCGGCUCAAUAUUGAUAUGUUCUACAAAGACGUAGCUCCCAGUACUGCUAUUGACACUAUGCGUGCUUUCACAAAAGGUCGUCGAAGAACUACAAGCAAUAAUGCGACGGCUGGACCAGUGAUGAAAGUUCGGGAAAAGACCGAAAGAAGCAUGCCAAUGUUUCCGCUUCGAAAGGAUCAUGAAAGCACUAUCGAAGGAUCAGUGACGCGCACUCUCUUGUCAAACAGUCGUGAUUCCAUAGCUACCCCAUCCUCCAGACCACAUUCUCGUGCAUCAGAAUACACAGGAGAUGAGAGACCUACUCGCAUUCCGUCUUUGCGGAAUCAAAAGAACUCAACAGUCAACUCGAAGCCUUGAAUCUUGUCUAUCAAUGAAAUCAUCCAGUAUUAUCAUUGUUAACUUGUUAUUCGUAUUUAUCUUUAUUUCAUCGUUUUUUUUUCAGUUUUUGUCAUUUGUGCAUGCGUUGUUUAUGUACCGGUUCAUUGAUCAAUGUUGCUCCACGUGCUUUUAUUGACGAAGUGUCUUACUUAGUACUUUGCUUAUAUUGUGCUUCCGUUGAGCGGAGCACUUUGAUAGCUUUCUAAUAUUUAUUGAUUCCUAAGUAAAAAC